UUUACUACCUACCUAACGUUCCACAACUCCAAAUAGAAUCCACCCUCACAAAAAAAGGCUGGUUGGUGUCUAAGAAUCACAAGAACAGAUUCGGCAACAUGGAUUCCCCUCGCCAGGAAGAAGAAGAAGAAGAGAAGCAGAAAGAAAUCACCACCCCUCUCCUUCAUGCCGAGCCCUCAGCCUCGACAACAUCGUCAUCAACCCCGCCGGCGGCAGCUGACGAUGCCAGGAGGGAGGAGGAGGAGGAGAAUUCUCCGAUCGAGCAGGUGGCUCUCACCGUGCCGGUGGGCGACGACCCCUCCGUUCCGGUGCUGACGUUCCGCAUGUGGGUACUCGGCACGGUUUCCUGCGCGCUUCUGUCCUUCUUGAACCAGUUCUUCUGGUACCGAAAGGAGCCGCUCUCGAUCACCUCCAUCUCGGCCCAGAUCGCGGUGGUGCCGCUGGGCCACCUCAUGGCUCGGACGAUAACCGACCGGGUUUUCUUCAAGGGGAGGAGGUGGGAGUUCACCCUCAAUCCUGGGCCGUUCAAUAUGAAGGAGCAUGUCUUGAUCACCAUCUUCGCCAACUCCGGCGCCGGCAGCGUCUACGCCAUCCACGUCGUCACCGCCGUCAAGAUCUUCUACCGCCAGCACAUCACCUUCUUCGUCUCCCUCCUCGUCGUCCUCACCACCCAGGUACUGGGGUUUGGGUGGGCGGGAAUAUUCCGGCAACAUCUGGUGGAGCCGGCGGCGAUGUGGUGGCCUUACAACCUGGUGCAGGUAUCGCUGUUCAGGGCACUCCACGAGAAGGAAGUGCGGCCAAAGCAUGGGCUGACACGUAACCAGUUCUUCAUGGUAGCCUUCGUCUGUAGCUUUGCCUACUACGUGUUCCCGGGCUACCUCUUCUCCAUGCUCACCUCCCUCUCUUGGAUCUGCUGGAUCUUCCCUGGCUCCGUCCUUGCCCAGCAGCUCGGCUCCGGCCUCUACGGCCUCGGCAUCGGCGCCAUCGGCCUCGACUGGUCCACCAUCUCCUCCUACCUCGGCAGCCCCCUGGCCAGCCCCUGGUUCGCCACCGCCAACGUCGCCGCCGGCUUUGUCAUCAUUAUGUAUGUCAUCACCCCCACUGCCUACUGGCUAAACCUCUACAAGGCCAAGACCUUCCCCAUUUUCUCCGACGGCCUCUUCACCUCCACUGGCCAGAGCUACAACAUCUCCAGCAUUAUAGACUCUGACUUCCACCUCGACGUCGAGGCCUACGAGAAGGAAGGCCCACUCUAUCUGAGCGCCUUCUUUGCAGUGACUUAUGGUGUCGGCUUCGCGUCUCUCACGGCCACUGUCUCUCAUGUUCUCCUCUUCCAUGGCAGAGAAAUAUGGCAAAUGAGCAAGUCUGCAUUCCAGGAGAAGAAGAUCGACGUGCAUACGAAGCUCAUGCGUCAAUAUAAGCAGGUCCCGCAAUGGUGGUUCAUCUGCAUCCUUGUCGCCAACGUCGCUCUGACCAUCUUUGCAUGUGAGUACUAUAUCGAUCAACUCCAAUUGCCAUGGUGGGGUGUUUUGCUGGCUUGUGGCAUUGCCAUCUUCUUCACUCUCCCCAUUGGAAUCAUCACAGCCACAACGAACCAGACGCCUGGCUUAAACAUCAUCACGGAGUAUAUCAUGGGGUAUUUGUAUCCAGGCCGGCCGGUCGCAAACAUGUGCUUCAAGGUAUAUGGUUACAUCAGCAUGACACAGGCCUUGACAUUUUUGCAAGACUUCAAGCUGGGCCACUACAUGAAGAUCCCACCCAGAACAAUGUUCAUGGCUCAGGUGGUGGGUACUCUAAUUGCUGCAAUUGUCUAUCUUGGAACUGCAUGGUGGCUCAUGGACACCAUCCCCAACAUCUGCAACACAGAGCUUCUAUCUUCGGACAGCCCGUGGACCUGCCCAUCUGACCAUGUGUUCUAUGAUGCCUCUGUCAUAUGGGGUCUCAUUGGCCCACGCAGGAUCUUCGGAGACCUUGGUACCUACUCAGCCAUCAACUGGUUCUUCCUGGCUGGGGCCAUUGCACCUCUUCUCGUUUGGCUCGCCCAUAAGGCCUUCCCAAAUCAGAAGUGGAUAAGUCUAAUCAACAUGCCUGUACUGAUUGGUGCCACCGGCAUGAUGCCUCCAGCCACAGCUGUUAACUACACUACCUGGAUCACUGUUGGCUUCUUGUCGGGCUUUGUGGUUUAUAGGUACCGGCGUGAUUGGUGGCAGAGGCAUAACUAUGUGCUUUCUGGUGCUCUGGAUGCUGGGCUGGCAUUCAUGGCAGUCUUACUGUAUCUGUGCCUGGGGCUGGAGGAUGUCAGCCUGAAUUGGUGGGGAAAUGACCUGGAUGGCUGCGCCUUGGCUUCCUGCCCCACUGCAAAGGGUGUUGUAGUUGAUGGCUGCCCAGUUUUCUGAUCAUAGGUGGCAGUCUAAAUUUCUGUGUUUCAUUGGUAGAAUGUGGAUUCACAUGCUAGUGAAAAUACAACAGAAUCAAUGAAGAAACUAUAUAAACCGUUUGCAAUUUACACAAAAAUUAAAAAGUCUCAAUGACUUGUA